GCCCCCUCCCUGCUCCGGGGACCGCGCGCGGCAGCCCCCUCCCGCUGGAGCUGGCGGCCCGGCCGGGCGCGGCCAGUGCAUGAGGGCAGCGGGCGAAGGCGGAGGAGGAGGCGAGUCCCUCCCGCCCACCGCGGCUGCCCCCGCCGCCUCCGCUCCUCGCCGGGGCCGGGGCCCGGGAGGCUGAGGCCGCGCCGCGCCCGGGACAUGCGGCCUCCCCCACCGCGGCGGAGGAGGAGAUGAGGCUCCGCAAUGGCACCUUCCUCACCCUGCUGCUCGGCUGCCUCUGCGCCCUGCUCUCGCUCUCCUGGUACGGGGCCUUCAGCGGGCAUAAAGGUGAGGUUGUGGAUAUCUAUCAGCGAGAGUUCCUAGCGCUCAGAGACCGUCUGCAUGCUGCUGAACAGGAGAGCCUAAAGCGCUCCAAGGAGUUGAACCUGGUCCUAGACGAGAUAAAGAGAGCGAUCUCUGAGAAGCAGGCCCUACGGGACGUAAACCGGACAUGGAGCAGUUUAUCUGAUGAAACCAAAUUAAAACUCUGGAAUAUCACCAACAAGAAUGUGCUGCAUCUUCCCACCAUCUUUCACCAUUUGCCACAUUUGCUAUCCAAGGAGAACAGUCUACAACCAGCUGUGCAUGUGGGACAGGGACGCACUGGAGUGUCCAUAGUGAUGGGAAUCCCCAGCGUGAAGCGAGAGGUGCAUUCAUACCUUACGGACACCCUGAACUCCCUGAUCUCAGAGCUCACCCAGCAGGAAAAGGAGGACACUGUGAUUGUUGUUAUGAUUGCUGAGACAGAUGAACAGUAUACAACUGGAGUGGCAGAAAACAUCAAAAACUUGUUCCCCAAGGAAAUACACUCUGGUCUCCUGGAAGUCAUUUCCCCCUCUCCACAUUUCUAUCCAGACUUUUCUCGCCUCCGGGAAUCUUUUGGUGACCCCAAGGAAAGAGUCAGGUGGAGAACUAAACAGAACCUAGAUUACUGCUUUUUAAUGAUGUAUGCCCAGUCCAAAGGCAUUUACUAUGUGCAGCUCGAGGACGACAUUGUAGCCAAACCAAACUAUCUCAGCACAAUGAAGAACUUUGCUCUGCAGCAGCCAUCUGAGGAGUGGAUGAUCCUGGAAUUCUCACAGCUUGGGUUUAUUGGAAAGAUGUUCAAAUCGCUGGAUCUCAGCCUGAUUGUGGAGUUUAUACUCAUGUUCUACAAGGACAAGCCCAUUGACUGGCUCCUUGAUCACAUCCUUUGGGUGAAAGUGUGCAAUCCAGAAAAAGAUGCGAAACAUUGUGACAGGCAGAAGGCGAACCUGAGAAUCCGCUUCAAGCCCUCACUCUUCCAGCAUGUGGGAACCCACUCCUCCUUGGCUGGGAAGAUACAGAAAUUGAAAGACAAAGACUUUGGAAAGCAAGCCCUGCGAAAAGAACAUGUCAACCCUCCCGCAGAGGUGAGCACCAGUCUGAAAACCUAUCAACACUUUACCUUGGAGAAAGCCUACCUAAGAGAGGACUUCUUCUGGGCAUUCACCCCCAUGGCAGGAGACUUCAUCCGAUUCAGAUUCUUUAAACCACUCCGCAUCGAAAGAUUCUUCUUCCGCAGUGGCAACAUUGAACAUCCUGAAGACAAACUCUUCAAUACGACUGUGGAGGUUUUGCCCUUUGAUAGUCUCCAGUCAGAUAAGGAAGCCCUGCAGGAGGGAAGAGGGACAGUGUUCAAGUACCACAGGACAUCAGAUGGCUACAUACAGAUAGGCUCCUUUUCUAAGGGUAUUGCAGAAGGAGAAGUGGACCCUUCAUUUGGGCCUCUAGAAGCCAUCCGUCUGGUCAUCCAGACUGAUUCUCCAGUGUGGAUCAUCUUGAGUGAGAUUUUUCUGAAAAAAGCAGAAUGAAAUUCCCAGGACGAAGGGUGGAUGCACAAAGGAGUUGCUCAGUCCCUUUUCCCAAUCUUCUGCUCCCUUUGAUUCCCUUCCCCCAGUCUGCAAACGGUGUGAAAGAGUUGCAUGCACAGCACCACCACCUGCUCCAAGCCAGGAAGAAAAAAACAUCCGUGGUCAAAGUACACACAUCCUGGCAAGCUCUGCAACAGACUACGUGGAGGGGAAACCUUUCCCUAGGUGGUGCUGGCUGGAAUUAAACAAGAUAGCACCAGUGCCCGCACUGGCACGUGUUGGCUGCAGCUGACUUUGCGGGGGGUGGUCAUACUGUCCGCUCUUGCUGUAUAGAGACCAAGGGAAAAUAAUCCUAGUUUAAAGGUUUGGUUUGUUCCCCUGGGUGAGGACCACACUCCUCCUCUCAGGGAUAUGGCUCCCUGAAUGUAGCAGUUGGAUCAGACUACAGCACGGUUUGGCAUGCUUACAGAACAAAGGAUCUAAUGAGCAGGAAGGCCAAAAGACUCUUCAGCCCAGGAAAGGGCAGACCCUGGCUAUAUUGGAGGGGGGGGGCAUGGUAGCCCCAUUGCCGGAGCAGUGGAGGGGAGAGUUUUGGCUAUGAGCGCAGGGUGACUGAAUUCCCCUUACCAACUGCAGAGCAGGGUUGAGGUGUAUUGGGGGAAACAAUUACAGCCUGAAUCACUUCAUUUCCCCUUGCCCCAGCAAAAGGCAGUUCCUCCAGGACUACAGCUGAGGAUUAAGUGAGCAGGAGGAUGGAGCUCUCCUCUUGGUCCAGGAAGGGGCCUGGUUUUGCCAGAGGGGAUUACGUAUAUCGGUAUGGCAGGGAAAUACUAAACCACACUGUGCCUGCCAGGGUUGAACACGGCCCCUGAAUAAAACUUAUGUUGAAGGCCCCAGUGUCUUCACGCCUUGAGAUUUUGAGUGCAAAAUCCAUCUUUUUAAUAAAUAUUUCAGUUACUGGUUGAUGUGAAUUUUGAAAAUAAGUAGCCCAGUUCUAAAAUGGUAGGGAGUCAUGUAAUUUCUCAGAAGUUUUUUCUGAAAUCCCAAUGUCUCUUCAGCUAUACACUGGAAUGCAUUAUACUACUUUAAUGUGCUGUAUUUUUUAUUAUUGGAUACAUUUGAUUUUUCAAGUACAUCUCUAUAUAAAUAUAUAUUAAAAAUAAUGUGCACUGUAAUAAAGUUUAAUUAAAUUUAAAAUCCUUGCCCUUGUCGUCACUCGGGUUUUAACUUUCUAGCAAGAGGCUCUUCAUAUUUAACUUGCAGAUUGUAAAAUUGCUUUCCCUUUCCAUGGCUAAGCAAUGUAACUGUUGAAUAGGGUUAUAAAUUAGCCAAGGCAGUGCUGCUCGUGCCAGUUCCAGGGGCCCUGCUUCUACAGGCAGGGUGCUGUAGUUGCAUAACUGAACAGACUGUACUGCAGCUCUGCAUAUACUAGUAAAAGGAACCAUUGCUAAACUCUCACUCAUUGUAAUAUAUUACUUAUAAAAUGUGCUUCCCACC